UCACGCGCAAAGUGUCCCGGUUUUAGACUCGGGAAAUCUGGUCACCCUAAGUCGGCGAUAUUAGUCACAACUACUAUGACCAAAGUUAUCGUAUUAUUGAGUUUUUAUGGUUAUCCUUUUUGACUGGUCACUUGAAUGUAACUGAAUGGGCUUAAUCCAGACUCUCAGCUUGGACCUAAUAUAUUCUGUCAGUGGAAUGUUCAGGAAUAAUGUUUGGCUCCAAUAAACAGCCGAAAUAUGACUGGCCACACUUAAAUAACGAGUCUCAUAUUUGCUAAGUAGAAUUAUGUUUGCUUAAAAACGAAUCUUCACAAAGAGAAUCAGUGAGGUUUAUUUUACAGUUCAGGUUCAAGUUUACUUCCGCAUACGCAAUUUCGUCAUGCGCACAGUCCGGUGACCGCGUGUGUGCGAAACUGAGCGGACAGUAAUCCGCAGAGCCAGUAGUAGUAGUGUGCAUGCGUUAAACCUGUGUAUUGGCGAAUCCGCAAAAUCAGCUCUACUUUGGAAACACAUACUACAGGUUAGAAAGCAGCAUGGCACAGCACUGGGCUGGAAGCCACACUGCCCCGGUGCUGUGCAUCGGCGCUGCCCCAGGAGCUGACGGAUUUCUAGCCUCGGGGGCCGAAGGAGGUGAGGUGACGGUGUGGACUCAGGAAGGGACGCCUCUCUCUCAGCUGCAUUUGAGCUCUCGGGAAGAUGUCACAUGUACGGUUUUCUCCAGCACAGCACCAGGGCUGUUGUAUGUGUCUCAUGGUGAGACGGUGAGCAUCCUGGACUCACGCAGUCUGAAGAAGCCAGUGGAGGAAUUCAAGGACGUCGGCGAGGAUGAGAUUAACUCGCUUUCAGUGAGUGAAACAGGUGCCUCACUGGCACUGGCUGAUGAUUCUGGGGCUGUGAGGGUGGUGGACCUGCAGACGGGAAAAGUGAACCGCACGCUGCGCAAACACACCAAUAUUUGCUCUUCCGUGGCAUUCCGGCCCCAGAGACCUCAGAGCCUUGUGUCUGCAGGGCUGGACAUGCAGCUGAUGCUGUGGAACCUGCAGAAAGCUCGGCCAAUGUGGACUUGCAGUUUACAGGAAGCCCCAGAGGAGGACAAGAGCUCCCAGCAACGACCAGGUCAGCUCUUUAACCCACCUCUGGCUCACUGCGUCAGUGUUGCAUCGUGUGGAAACGUUGUGGCUUGUGCUGCAGAGGAUGGGCACGUGCACCUGGCUCGUGUGGGUGCUGGCUCCAGACUCGAACAGCAGGGGGCGAUGAAGGCUCACAGUGAAGGUGCUGCUCAGGCCCACUUCCUCAAUUUCAUGCCUCAUCCUUACUGGCUGGCCACCGGAGGGAAUGACGGAGUCGUGGCAUUGUGGGAUAUAAGCCAGGAGCCUGUUGUGGCAGGGGAGAUCAAGGUCCAACGCAGGAAGCCCAAAAACAGGAAGUCGAAGCCUCAGGGAAAGGGAGGCAAAAAACUUUCAGAUGAGGCCAGGAGUGUUGAUCCAAGUCUGACAAACACGGCAUUAAAAGUGAAAUUAACUCAUGAGGAGAAGGUGAACUGGGUGUGUCCAACGCUUUUAAAAGGACAGCUGAGUUUACUUGUGGCAGAUCAGAGCACCAGUUUAUCUGUGUAUUCUCUGUCUGGGCUUUAGCACCGUUUCUAACUGUGGGAAACUGGGUUUAGCUUUUUUUUUUUGUUUUUUUGCCUUGUGAUUAAACAAAGGGAGUGUGUCUCAAACAGAACAAGUCAGACCUGACUGAAUCAGCCGUGAUGCGUUUUGUCUGUUUAUUCUUCUUUUACAGUGUGGGUGUGUUCAAACUCCUGGGCCCAUACUCCACAAAUCCAACAUGAGAUGAUAUGCCAGAUUACUAAUCACUAUAAUUGUAUGUGGUAACUUGUUUUUUCAGACAUGUCUGAGAGCUGGAUUAGUGAGGUGUAGCUGUGUUGACAACCUGCAAUCCUUUGAUGCCAGGAAAAGGUGGAUAUAACGAGAUUCAAAACCAGGAUCAGUGAGCUCGUGAUUGACUAAUCUUAACUGUACAGGAGCCUGAAAACACAGGCUUUCGAGGUAUAGCAAUGCAAACGUGAUGAGCAUCAGAGAAAUGUCAUUUAUACUGUGGAAAUCUGUGCACAUCCCACAGAGUUCUUAAUGUAUAAAGAGCAUGUUGGUCAUGUGAUGACCUUCCUUCGUGGAGAGCUUGUGAGAUCUGUACUCAUGAAGUCCGCUAGCUCAGGACUGCAACAUGUGGUAUGUUGCAUGAUUUUGCUUUACUAAUGGUUAAAAAGUAGCUUCGAACAGGACAGGAAAACUGCCAUUUUAGCUGACUUUGGAGCUCUUUUUCUGCUACAGAGCCAGCUAUGAUUUAGGCAGUCGCUUUCAGAGUCCCCAAGUCCGGAUACUUUGAACAAAAUUUUGGGGAGAAAUUUGUUCAUUUAUUGAUAACUUAUGGUGAACUUGUUGUACAUUUUGUAUCCAAUAUUAAAUCUCGGUUUGUAACGGUU